AGCGAGCUCUUAUCCAGCGCCACGAGCGCUUCUUCUCUCUUGCCUUGUUGUGGCUUCAUGCAUGCACCGCAGCCUACCUGCUUAUGCCCGACCGCAUCUUUAUCUUUUCAUGUUUCCCUCAUUGCUGACUCUUGGUUGCUUUUGAAGAACGCCGCUGCAUUUAGCUCUCCUCAACCGCACGCGUGGCGCUUUCCCCUCCUGGCAAGCGUUGUUGUCCUUCUUCAUCUGCUAUUAGGCGUUUCCGCGUUGGCUUCCGUUUGUGGCGUGUCAUGAGCACCACGCCGGCGGAGCGCACACCUCAGCCCUCCGCUUCUCCCUCGCCGUCGCCGGAGGACAACUCGAAGCUAUCGAGGCGACUUCAGCGGGAACGGGAGCGCGAGGAGCGCCUGCGCGGCAAAUUGAUCGACCUCACUUUCUCUGACAUCGCCUGCGUGCGAGGCGGUAAACCAGACUUUAUUAAACAGAAUGUGCUCGUGUGCAUACAGGGCUCCAAGUCCCAGUUCGACGCCCGCCUCGGACGCAUGAGAGACAUCCUUCCGCCGCUGACCUGCGACUGCUGUCAAACCUUCUCCACCUUGUCGGCGGUGCUGCUGUCUUCUCUAGGCUUUGCCGCAAUGCUGAGUGAGUGUCACUCCCUCUCCACGGUGAACUACCUCUUGUACAUAUCGGCUUGGAUGCAUCAACUGACGCUGCCGUGCUGGCCGCAAAAGCGGGAGCGUCCCACUAUCGGCGACCUCAACGCGUGCCUGCACCUCCGCGACUUUUUCCCAAGCAAGGCGAACGCAGACGAGUUUGAGGUUGUGUUUUACAACCAGGGCACGAAGGCGAUUCAGCUGCUGCACGCCAUGUGUGCGUCGCGGAAGCGCACUCGGUCCAGCGAGGGUGUUUACCCGGUGUACGGCUACGUCAUCGUAUCUGGCGAUUACACCGUCUCGAUCUUUGCGGUGGAGCACGAUAUUGCCAAGAACUCGAAGAGCCGCUACAGAGAGGCGUGGAGCUUUUACAUCUGCGACUCGCACGGCACGCAGCCGUGGUCGGAGGGGAAGGCGAGCAUCUCCGGGCUCACGUUCGGCCAUCGCGCGCACGACAUCGACGUUGACGCGGCGGAGAACUUCUCCGGCAGCGUUGAGGAUGGUGGGGCGGUCUCUGUCGUGUCAGUCGACGACGGCGUUCACUACUUCUCCACCAUUCUCUUCACGUUGCUGGAGGAGCACCGCAAGGGGGCCCAGCGAACGAACCAGAUACCCUACAUGACAUGGACACCGCUGCGCCGCCGGCGUGCGCUGGCGUACACGGCGCAGGAACUCAAGAAAAUCAUCGACAGCCAUUGGAUUCCAAAGGUGCUAUCGAACCCCGUCGUGCGCGCCGAGGCGAAGAAGUUCUCCUUUGUGCCGCUCGAGUGCUUUUGGGGGAUUGUCCCUGAAAGUGGCACGGCCGCAACACCCACCCGAAAGACGAACGCUAAUACCUGA